AUGCCCAACCUCUCAAAAUGCUACCUCCUGCAAACCAUCCCCCCGGAGCUUCGCCUCCUUAUCUACCAGCACGUCUUCAACUUCCACAACAGCACCUUCGCCGUCCCAAUCUUCCUCCUCUGGCGCGGCAACAUCGCCACCGACUCCCGCGCCUGGGCUCACGCUGCUCUCACUAAAACCUGCCGGAAAAUCUACAAUGAAGCCUCGCCCGUCCUGUACGACCACCACACCUUCCGCAUCUUCACAUCCACCGACCACGAGGACGAGAUCAUCGACACCUGCGGCGACCUAGGACGAUCACUGCGGGACGUAACCUGGCUGUCCCGAAUCCGGCAUCUGGAGAUUGGUCUGCAAGGGAGUAUCUCCCGUCUACCGGAAACGGAACGCUUGCAGCACGAACGGCUGGCUUUGGGGCUGAUAGAGACGCUGGCGGAGGCGGUGGCGGCGUCGGGAGCGAAGGUGAGGACGUUGGGCAUUCAGCAGGAGUUUGAGUAUAGUCCUGAGCGGAAUGUGAGGAGGCUUCGCGAGAGGGUGGAGAGCUGGGGUGGUGUUGUUAGGGUGGGGGUGAGGGUGUUUUGGCCUGAUGAGGAGAUGGACUAA